AUGCCCCAAACCCCAUAUCGGACAUACCCCCUAGAUAGAAAAAAGAAACUUUUCAUUGACGAAGAAAUACAAAGCCUUUUGGGGAAAGGUGUAAUAAGGUUGAGCAGUCGCGAACCAGGCGACUUUAUCUCACCCAUAUUCGUCACCGAGAAAUCAGACGGGGGGUUCAGGCUCAUCCUAAACCUCAAAAAACUCAAUGUACACAUUGAGAAAAGAAAGUUUAAGAUGCAAACCUUAACGUCCAUUCUUCGAUUAAUCCAAAAGGACAUGUAUUUGGCCAAACUUGAUAUCAAGGAUGCAUACUAUAGCAUACCAAUACACAAAGAAAGCCAGAAGCUCCUAAAAUUCGAACAUGAGGGUAAGGUAUACGUGUUCCUGGUACUCCCCUUCGGCUAUACAGAAGGACCUCGUAAAUUCACCAAGAUAAUGAAACCACCCUUAUCUAAAUUAAGGAAGGAACAGGUCACCAUUGCUGACUACAUUGACGACUUGAUCACUAUGAACGUCAGUAAACAACAGUGCUGCAAUAACGUACACAAAACCGUUGUUUUGUUAGAUUCACUGGGAUUUACGGUCCACCCAGACAAAUCCGAGUUCGAACCAAAACAAGUUUUGGAAUUCCUUGGAUUCGUCAUCGAUACAGUGAAUAUGACUGUCGCUCUCACCCCCAAAAAGAAGGCAGCCAUAAUCGAUCUGUGUCAAGCAGUGACACAGAGAGAGAAGAUAACAAUAAGAACUCUAGCGCGAUUAAUUGGUAAGUUUACCAGCAGCCUUAUUGGGGUACCACACGGUAGACUCUACUACAGAUCUACCGAAAGACUAAAAAUUGAGUCCUUAAAAAAGAGCGCCGGAAACUUCGAUGUGCAGAUCACAUUAACCCCUACUGCCAUGGGUGACAUAUCUUGGUGGAAGAAUAAUUUAUGGGGUAGCAUAGCCCCAAUAGUUCGAGGCAACCCUCAGAUCAUUAUAUCCACGGAUGCCUCAACAAGAGGUUGGGGAGCGUCAAUGACACAAACCCACACAGGGGGUGAGUUUUCAUCUCUGGAGCAGGAACACCACAUAAAUGUCCUAAAACUAAUGGCAGCAUUCUUUGGACUACAGGCUCUUUGCAACCAUACUGCAAACACUAACAUAUUGCUAAAGAUGGAUAACACUUCAGCAGUAGCCUGUGUAAACAAAAUGGGUAGCGUAAAAUCUAUCCCAAUGGAUAAGAUUACACAUAGCAUUUGGGAAUGGGCAAUAAGCAAAAAUAAUUGGAUAGUCGCUACACAUCUCCCUGGCAUUCUUAACGUAGAAGCAGACAGAGAGUCGCGACAACAGGAGACAAGAACAGAAUGGAUGUUAAACAAAUCAACAUUCCGCUAUGCGCUGAACGAACUGGACUUCCGUCCAGAAACAGACCUCUUCGCGAGUAGAAUAAACACGCAGUUACCUGCCUUCUUCUCAUAUCGACCUGAUCCCAACUGCAUCGGAGUAAACUCGUUUACUGAGGAUUGGCACAAUAUCUCGUUUUAUGCCUUUCCACCCUUCGCCUGCCUUCCCCAGGUAAUUCAAAAGAUCCAUAGUGAUAAGGCAGUAGGUAUCCUGGUAGUUCCGGACUGGCCUAACCAACCAUGGUUCACAGGGUAUUCUGAACUAAUAAUUAAAGAGAUUCUUGUUUUACCUAGAUCCACAGCAACCAAGUGUCUUUCAUCCACUGCACCCAAAUCUAAGUCUUCGGAUAGCAAUUGUCUCAGGGAGGCAAUAAACCUAAAACAGUCAUGUUCUGACGAUCUUAAACAACUGCUCACUGCAUCGUGGUCAGAAAAAACCCAAUCCAGCUAUAAUCUCUAUUUAAGGAAAUGGCUGAAGUUUUGUAAAAGUGAAAAAAUCCCAGAACCUUAUGGGGCUAGUCAUAAACAAGGUAUGGACUUCCUUGCUUUCCUUUUCCACGUAGAAAAGGCAAGUUAUGGUUACAUCGCAGCGGCAAGGUCAGCCCUGUCAGCUGUAUUACCAAAGGAUGCAGGAACAAGCUUUGGUAAGAACGAGGACGUUAGCAGACUAAUCAAGGGAGUUUUCAAGCUACGUCCUUCCCUACCAAAACACACUGUGAUAUAUGACCCUGAUGUAGUAUUAAACUAUAUGACAACCUUGCCUGGUAACCAGCACCUGGAGUUAGAGUUACUAACGAAAAAACUAGCCACCUUGUUGUGCCUCCUGAGUGGCCAGAGAGCCCAGACAAUAGGUGCCCUAAAGGUUAACUUUUGUCAUCGCUCUUCAGAUAUGUACACUUUCUACAUCUCUACAAUCAUGAAGACAACAAAACCAGGCAAACAUCAGGAACCUCUGCAAUUCGAGAAGUACCACCUCGAUAACCGGAUAUGUAUAGUCCACUGCCUAGAUGAAUACCUGAGGAGGACAGACCUUAUACGAGAGAACCUCGAAAACCAACCAAGGGAACUACUUCUCUCCUAUGCAUAUCCCCAUAAACCUAUCGGAAUCACCACCAUUGCAAAGUACGUUAAAACUUUCUUAGGCUUGGCUGGCAUCGAUAUUAAGACGUUCAGCACCCACUCUACAAGGAGUGCGUCUACCAGCAAGGCAGAGGACAUAGGCGUACCUAUGAAGACAAUCGCAAAGGCGGCAGGCUGGAGAGGCACUAGCACGUUUGCAAAACAUUACAAAUUGCCCAUAAGCAAGAACUUUGGAAACGAACUUCUUAAAUGUUUAUGA